AUGUCCGUACCCGCCCCGGACUCGCAAAUCGAUACCUCGGCCGCCCUCACAUACUGGAACUCAUGCGACCCCUCAGUAACAGGCAUGCUAGGCGGCUUCCCUCAAGUCUCCCGUAUUGACCUCCAACAAUCUACCACCUUCCUUGCCAAGCUGCGCCGCGCCUCGAAAGCACACCCGACCUCAACCCCGCUCUCGCGCAUUGUCGACUGCGGCGCCGGAAUCGGUCGAAUCACCUUGGGCCUGCUUUCAAAAGUCGCAACCGUUGUGGACAUCGUCGAGCCUGUGGAAAAGUUCACGAGACAAGUCUCAGAAGGUGAUGACUUCAAGCAGCUGAGAGAUCAAGGCAAGAUUGGUACGAUAUACAAUGUUGGGCUCGAGGCCUGGGAGCCCGAGCACACCUACGAUGUCAUCUGGAUCCAGUGGUGUCUAGGACAAUGCACAGAUGCACAAGUUAAUGCUCUCUUCACCCGCGCGCAAAACUACCUGUCACCAGGAGGUUGGAUUGUGCUGAAGGAGAACUUGUCAAAUAAUCCGUUUGGUGAGGAUGUCUAUGAUGAGACAGAUUCAAGUGUUACCCGGACCGACGACAAGUUCAGAGCCUUAUUCAAGGAGGCCAGUUUGAAGAUUGUGGCUACCGAACUGCAGAGAGGCUUCCCCAAGGACCUGUAUCCCGUGAGGAUCUAUGCUGCUCAGCCUGAAGCUUGA